UCGAAUCUAUCUAACAUUACAAAAAAUAAUACAAUAAUUUAUUCCUAUUUUAGCGGAAAUAGUUUUAAAAUAAUAUUUAUGUAGAUAAAUAACAAUAAACAAUAAUCAUAACCUCAAAAUAUAUAGAUUACUCUGAAAGCAAUAUUAAUCAUAUUUGAAUUUCGCGGCAUUUUAAUUUACAUUCGAAGAGAACUGUCAGAACUUUGACCUUGUGGAAGCCAUGGAGCCAAAAAUUUUAUAAUUUCUAGACGCUAGUGUUCAGUGGCUCAAAAAACAGUGGUAAAAAACUUAGACAGUAAAAAACAACCUGACCCAUUUGUCACUGUCACUGUCAUUUCUUAGUGGAUCCAUAUCCUUAUCAGGGUCCUCUUCAAUAUAAAUAUUUUUAGUUUUCUUAUCUUAAAAAACAAUUUUGAUAACUAUUAAUAAACAGUUAUAGAAGUAUAUUUACAAGUGAUGGACCACAUUAAAACUCCGAAGAUUGAAAAUGUUCGUAUGCUAGACAGAUACUCCAAAACACCCUCUCAUGGGACUUUAUAUGUUACCGCCACUCAUUUAAUUUUCGUGGACCCAGAUGCAAAGAAAGAGACCUGGAUUCAUCAUAUGCAUAUUGCAAGUCUAGAAAAACUCCCACUUUCCACAACUGGUUCUCCUCUUCUAAUACGAACAAAAACCUUCUUGUCUGUGACCUUUGUGAUACCCAAGGAAAGAGAUUGUCACAGCGUUUACGUCACCCUACAACAACUGUCACAACCGGCGAAAGUCGAUCAGUUGUAUUGUUUUUCAUAUACACCUCCUAUAGAAGAAAUCCAGAGACCCGUGGGGUGGAGUUUUCAUGAUCUGCAAUCUGAAUACCAAAGAAUGGGAGUGCCAAAUGAGCAAUGGUGUUUGACAAAUUUGAACAAAGGUUAUGAAUUAUGUGAUACUUACCCUCAACUUUUAUACGUACCGAGCAAAGCAACCAGUAACAUACUGACGGGUAGCUCAAGGUUUCGCUCAAAAGGAAGGUUGCCGGUUCUUUCGUUUUUGUAUAAGAACAAAGCAAGUAUCAGUAGGUGUAGUCAGCCGUUAUCGGGAUUCAGCGCAAGAUGUUUGGAGGAUGAAAAGAUGAUGAAUCACAUUCUGAAGACGAAUCCUAAUGCUACCUACAUGUAUGUUGUGGAUACAAGACCAAAGAUUAAUGCCAUGGCGAAUAGAGCUGCAGGUAAAGGCUAUGAAAACGAAGCCUUUUAUGAAAAUAUAAAAUUUCACUUUUUGGGAAUUGAGAAUAUACAUGUUAUGAGGAACAGUCUCUCUAAGGUUGUUGAAACUUGCGAACAAAGAAAUCCCACAAUGGCGAGCUUCCUUAGCGGUCUCGAAUCCAGUGGCUGGCUAAGACAUAUUAAAUCCAUAUUGGAUACAUCCUUGUUUAUAGCUGAGGCUCUUCUGGAAGGUAUAAGCGUUUUAGUACAUUGCUCAGAUGGAUGGGAUAGGACGGCUCAAGUGUGUUCGCUUGCCACAGUUUUACUGGAUCCAUUUUAUAGAACAAUUUCUGGUUAUCAGACUUUGAUCGAAAAAGACUGGUUAGCUUUUGGUCACAAGUUUUCCGAGAGGUGUGGUCACAUUCAGACGGAAAACAAAGAGAUAUCACCGAUUUUUACGCAACUCUUGGACGCCACGUGGCAGUUGAUGCAACAGUUUCCCAUGUCUUUUCAAUUUAACGAGACAUUUCUGUUUACGUUGCACGAUCACGUGCACUCUUGCCAAUUUGGAACUUUCGUUGGAAAUUGUCAAAAAGAUAGACUGGAAUGGAGGUUGUCUGAGAGAACGUUUUCACUUUGGGGAUAUAUGGCCAAUCAUCUGAACGAAUACAUAAAUCCUUUAUACAGUACCGAAGAAAGUCCGGAAAUACUUUUGCCAAAUUUAAUACCUCAAAAUAUCAAAUUUUGGAGAAGUAUGUACUGUAGAUUUGAAAGCGGUGUACAUCCUAGAGAACCUCAAGCAGAUUUGCUGUUAGUUACAUCCGAUUAUGUAUUUUCCCUAGAUGAGCAUGUUAAAUUUUUAACUAAGAAACUAUCAUCUGUAAAAUCCCUUAUAACUCGCAACGUCGAAAAGAAGAAGAACAAACCGAAACGAGAUCAACUUUGCAAUAACGUUUACUUGGAUAACAAAACUCAAUACGAAAAAAAAGCUUCCAGGGAAAUGGAAAAUGCCGAACAAGAUCAUCCGCUAAAGAAUCAACAUAAGGUAACAGAAGAACUUUUGGAUAUGGAUCUUCUAGCCAAAGAAGUAGACUCUGUAGCGGUUGAUUGGAAACCAUUGAGAAACGCCACAGAGUGUAGCUGUUCGCUGACGCUAGAUCAAAUUAGUAAAAAGAUGCACUGUCGGAAAUGUGGAGACGUGUUCUGCCAGCGUUGCAUAACCAAAAAAGUCGCUCUUCCCGGACAUUUGUCGCAGACGCCAGUACCUGUUUGUAAACCUUGUUUUGAUACAGUCACAUCGCCAGCACACACUUAGCAUAUAGACUACUAAUGCAGAUGAGAAGAAGAAUUGUGAUUUAGUUGUUGGUAUUUAGAUUGCAUGUUAGUUUCACUUUCGAGAAGACAUUACAUUUCUCUCUUUACAGCUGAAGUAAAAAUAUAUUUAUAUAUAAAUAAUCAUUUCGUUGUAAAACGAAGCAAGAGCCGUCUUAUAUUUCAGUUUGUUCAGGGAGCAUCAAGAGCACCCUAACCGGUUUCAAACCUUAUUAGGUUAUCAUUAGAGAGUGCAUAUUUGAUUAUCUCUGCACAAACUAAAUUUUGGGUUGCCAAUAUCGCUUCACAACGAAAUAACAUGAUGGUGUGUUGAUUAAAUAAAUUUAACGUGAGCAGAGCAGAUGCUUUUUAGAGCUGUGAAGUGUGCGAAAUGCAAUGAUUUCUUUGCUACUCAAACAGGGAAUAUUUAUUAAAUGUAUAAUCUUAAGGACUAAUAUGUAUUUACACGUAACUGAAAUGUCAGUAUUUUUUAUUCUGGUAUUUAAACAUUUUUGUUGCAAAAUAUUUUGUAUAGAACUUUAACGAGAUUAUCGACGACAUUUGUAACAGUUUUUCAAAUUGUCUUACUUUGCUUAGAUAUUUAUUUGUUUUUUAUUAAUGUAUAUAUUUCAGGCAAAUAAUAAACAACAUACUUUGGGCCACUUAAGAGUGGAAAAUAAAAAAAACCGUGGGAAAAAUGGCAUUUUUAGAUGUACCUCCAGGCGGACAGUUGGGCAGGUGAGAUAGGUGGGCAGGUAUGAGAGAUGGUAUCUGUCAAUUUGUCUUCUUUUCAUUUGUCUCGUCAAAACGUAAUCCAUCAAGCGCCAAAAUUGUCACACGCACAUCCAUCAAACGUCAACUGCCAACAGUCAAGUCAUUCUUUUAUUAUGUCCAAAACAGCUAAAGACAAAAGUAUCGUUUUGUUUUAUUGUAAAACUAUAAUUAUUCUUUUAUCAACAGUUCGUUUCUAAAUCCUAUCUAUCCAGUUUCAGCUCAUAAUUUUUUCUAUAUUCGCACGUGGAUUUUUAGAUAUGGUAACUGCUAUUAAAUUGUUCCAUAAAUAUCCACUAGGAAGAAUUUCCUGUAGCUGGCUGUAUACCAUUAAUUACAAGUAAAAUUUAAUAAAAAAUUUUGGUCUUGGUAAAAGGUAUAUUAUUUUAAAAAGCCCUA